GAUAGGCCGAUGUCGUUGGAAGAAAGAAGCUUGCCUAUAGUGCGGAUUAUCAGUGGUGCUGGAGAGUUCUCGCCGUCUGCUUGAUCCAGCCGAAACGUGACUGCGAACCUUUUAUUUAUUUCGUUAGAUAGCUAGCUACCUUUGAAUCCUCCUCUUGAAAAAGAUGUAAAUCACUAGCUACAGUACUUAAACACUCUUUUGAGAAUACUCAUCAAUUUUUUUUUAUAAAUCGGGAGAGUGAAUGACAUGCUGUUUUGCUAAUGGAAGAUAUUGUGAAUUAUUGCGAGCAUGUUACGCCGAAGUGAUUUUUUGUUUUGUUUUUUUCUAUUCAUCGUGGAUCUUUGAUUUGGGAUUUACCAACAAAUCAAGGCGGCUCUCCGUGAAGGAAAUACAGGACGGGGAAGAACGCACGCUUAACUAUAAACCGGGGAUUUAAAUCGUGUUUGGUGGGUUCCAAGAAAACAGAAAGGAAGAAAAAUUCAUGUGGCGAUUCUCUCUUUAACAAAUACAGUUUUGGAUUGCAGAAUGAGCAAAGAAAGACCCAAGAGGAAUAUCAUCCAAAAGAAAUAUGAUGACAGCGAUGGGAUUCCAUGGUCAGAAGAGAGGGUGGUCCGCAAGGUGCUGUACCUCUCGCUGAAAGAGUUCAAGAGCGCACAGAAGAGACAGCUGGUGGACGGUCUCUCCGACGGAACCAAAAACGCCAACGGUUCCUUGGCGAACGGUCCGCUGAAUGGCUCCGCACCCAAAGGCGGAGGGAAGGACGGGGGUUCGAGGCAGAGCACCGAUGGCAGCAGUGACUGCUCAGAGGAAGGGCCGGCCAAGAAGAGGCCCAGACUGCAAGCGCAGAGGAAGUUUGCCCAGUCACAGCCCAACUCUCCCAGUACCACUCCGGUGAAGGUGGUGGACGCAGCGCUGCCCAUUCCUGCCUCCCAGAUCACAGACCUCUCCAAGCGCAAGCCCAAGACGGAGGACUUCCUGACCUUCCUCUGCCUGCGAGGGUCGGCGGCGUUGCCCAGCAACAUGGCGUACUUCGGGAGCUCCCAGGACGAAGACGAGCUGGAGGAUGAGGAGGAGUGCGAGGAGGCCAAGCCCGCAGCCUGCGUGCCGUCCACAUCCUGCCAGUCCACGCCGCGGAAGGGCAAGCCCCCGGGGAGGCCGGCCAUUAACGGACACGUGUUCAACGGCCACAGCCGAGCCGUGCGGGAGAAGGACUCCACCCACAGGCCCAGAGUGAAGGAGGCCACGCCGGUGAAGGAGAGGAGUGAGAGAGCAGAGGCGCGGAGGGAGCAGUCUGUACACCCGGCGGCCAGCAGCUUCCCCUACAGACGGUCUGCAGAGGAGCUCCGCAAGCAGGUCUCAAAAGUAAACGGACUCACGCGGGCAUCAUCCACACAUGCGCCCAGUGCCAAAAAAACAAAAGACUUCCGACCGCCGUCCAAAACUGUGAAGUACACAGCCACCGUGACCAAGGGCCACGUCACCUACACCAAAGCAAAGCUGGUCAAAAAAACCAAACUCCACAGCGGCAAGCUGGCGGGCGCCCACCGGCCGCAGCACCACAGCAGCAACCACCUGCGCCCCAGCGGCAGCGCCCACCAUCGCCUCCACCUCUCAGGAAAAGCCCAGAGUAGCAAUGCAAAAACACGCAAACAGGUGCUAUUGUCCAACGGCGUGCACAAAAUGGCCGACGGGGCCGGGGUAAGGGUCAACGGCCGGCUCAACGGGAGGUGUCCCGAGGAGGAGGAGGAGACUGUUCGACCGGGGCGGGAGGGCCUCCGAAACUCCAAACGGCGCUUGGAGGCAGUGGGGGGGUGCGUGUCCAAGGGGGAGAAACCUCUCCUGGGCGGCGCCAAGAAGGCCAAGGUCGAGGCCGUCCCCGUGGAGACGCGGAGCAAGAAGGUGGGUCAGGAGAAGGUCGUCGCCGUGGCCAAUGGGCUUGUUGUCCCGGAAACACCUCCGCCCGCUCCUGAGCCCGCCUCAGUCCCCGCCCCUCAGCCCGCCCCCCAGGUCCACCAGCGUCCCAGGCGUUCGACAGCCGGUCGCCGGAUGUUCAGCCGCCAAGCACACCUCCACCGAACGCCCACCGCCCCCUCGCCCCCCACAGCCGAGAGCCGCCUCACUACCUCAACCAGCAAGCCCUCCCCCGCCUCCACCCCCGCCCUACACAAACCAGCAGAGCCUAAAGCCUGGGAGAGGAGCAGGGUGCCUCUGGCCACCCUGCCGGAGGCGCCUGUCUUCCGGCCCGGGUCGCGGGAGUUCCAGGACCCCCUGGCGUACCUGGACUCGGUGCGGGCGCGGGCCGAGGCGUUCGGGCUGUGCCGGGUCGUUCCGCCGGGAGACUGGCGGCCCGAGUGCAAGCUGAAGGACGAGAUGCGCUUCGUCACCCAGGUGCAGCACGUCCACAAGCUGGGCCGCCGCUGGGGCCCCAACGUGCAGCGGCUCGCCUGCAUCAAGAAGCACCUCAAAUCUCAGGGCAUCGCCAUGGAGGAACCCCCUCUCAUCGGCGGCUGCGAGCUGGACCUGGCCCGGUUCUUCCAGCUCAUCAACGACAUGGGCGGCAUGCAGCAGGUGACGGACCUCAAGAAGUGGAGCAAGCUGGCCGACCUGCUGCGCGUGCCCAAAUCCGCCCAAGACCGGCUGGCCAAGCUGCAGGAGGCCUACUGCCAGUACCUGCUCUCCUACGACUCCCUCUCCCCCGAGGAGCGUCAGAGGCUGGAGGAGGAGGUGCUGGCCGAGAAGGAGAACCUGGAGAGGAGGAAGGGGCCCCUGGAGGGCCACUCGGAGAGCUCCCAGCGCUCCCUGUCGCUGCCGCGCUACGAGCCCAAGAACGGCCUGGUCAACGGCAUGGUGCACAAAAACGGCUUCCGCAGCAAGAUGAAGGAGCUGGGCUCGCAGCUGAAGAUGGGCCGGCGGAGGCUGUUCGCUCAGGAACGGAAGGAACCGGAAGAGGGCAAGGACCGAGGCGUUCUCAGUGACCAGCACAAGUGUAUAUACAAGGGGAGGUCGGUAUCUUUGACAACCUUCUUCAGGACUGCCAGAAAUACCAUGAAUAUGUGCUUUAAUAAGGAGCCCAGUGCAACUGAAGUCGAGCAAGAGUACUGGCGAGUAGUGGAGCAGAAGGACUGCCACGUGGCAGUGCAUUGUGGGAAAGUGGACACAAACACACACGGAAGCGGCUUCCCUGUGGGAAAGUCAGAGCCAUUUUCAAAGCAUGGAUGGAAUCUCACGGUCCUUCCCAAUAACUCCGGAUCCAUCCUGCGUCACCUUGGUGCUGUGCCGGGAGUGACUAUUCCCUGGCUGAACAUUGGCAUGGUGUUCUCUACCUCAUGCUGGUCUCGAGACCAAAACCGCCUUCCAUACAUCGAUUACUUACACACUGGUGCUGACUGCGUUUGGUAUUGUAUUCCUGCUGAGGAGAAGUCGAAGCUGGACAAAGUGGUGCACACGCUGCUCCAGGCCAACGGGACGCCGGGGCUGGAGAUGCUGGAGAAGAACAUCAUGAUCUCGCCGGAGCUCCUGAGUCGCGAAGGGAUCAAGGUGCAUCGCACGGUCCAGAAGAGCGGCCAGUUUGUCGUCUGCUUCCCGGGGGCAUUUGUGUCCAAAGUGUGCUGCGGGUACAGCGUCUCGGAGACCGUGCACUUUGCUACCACCCAGUGGAUGAACCUGGGAUACGAGGCUGCUAAGGACCUGAAAUGGCGGCACAUUGCAAAGCCCUUUUCCAUGGAGAAGUUGCUGUACCAGAUUGCCACCGCUGAGUCCAAACGCGAGAACGGACACAUUCUGAGUACAAUCUCCUCUCUUCUCAAAGAUCUCAGGGAUAUGGAGAUGAGACAGCGGCAGGAGCUGUACCAGGCAGGGCUGAUGUCCUCCGCCCGCUACGGCGCGCACGACACCAGCCAGCCGCCCGGCGAGGGCAGGAAGAAGCCGCAGCGGAAGUGGCUGGCUCUUGAGUCGUCGGAGCGACGCUGCCAAAUCUGCCAGCACCUCUGUUACCUCUCCAUGGUGGUCCAGGAGAACGAGAACGUGGUCUUCUGCUUGGAGUGCGCUCUGCGCUACGUGGAGAAACACAAGUCUUGUCGCGGGCUCAAGAUGAUGUAUCGCUAUGAUGAGGAGCAGAUCAACAGCUUGGUGAGUCAGGUGUGCGGGAAAGCAGUGGUGAAAAGCGGGGAGCACUGCAACGGCGUGACCACGGGCAAAAUGACGGCCAAGCGCGGGCCCCGGAAAAGAGCCACAGUGGAGGUCUCGCUGGCCCGCCUCUCCUCCACACACCUCUCCAAAAGUGCUAUGAGCUCCUCAUGAAGAUGCCAAGAAAGUCCCUGCUUUUAAAUGUUGUUUUUUAAAAUCCUUUUGGUUUCAUUUUAUCACCCCCCCUUCCCUCUUUACAUGCUCUGCCUUCCCCCUUAGUAUGAAGAACCCGCCAUAGACCGCGAGUUCUUUUUUUUGCACUAGCUCGAGAGAAGAUUUUUGUUUUGUUUUUAGUUUUUUUUUUCGUGUCCGUCUUAGCAUUAAACGAAACGUUCGCACGUGUAAAACGCAUCCUACGCCUGCUGAACCAACGCUGCUCAUUGAGGUCAAAGAGUUGUGACUUCCUAAAGAUCGUCGACCCCCCCCCACCCUCCCUCGUUGGCCCCUAUGACUGCACACAUUCGUCUUGAUCCACGAACCAACGGAGGAAACUCCUAAUCGGCAGGAGACAUUUUAAAUGUUUUUAUUUUUAAUUUGUUUUAUUUCUAGAUUGGUUGAUUUUAUUCUCCAAGUAAAGCAAGCAGCUAUUGUUGUGGGAGCACUAUGGCGAGAAGACAUUUGGCUCACCAGCGUUUUUACCAGCUUAAUUUUUUUUAUUCUUGAUUUUAGCCAAGCGGAAGUGUUCUCCUCCUCCAUUUAGUUUUCCCUCGGAGGGGUGGGUGGAGAGGAAACCGGGGCUGUUGAGUUCACGAUAUCUCGGGAGGAGGUGACCAGUACUGAUCUCUCCACCGGCUAGGAAUGAAAGGAAAGAGGCAAAUGUAGGCCUCCUUUCCUUGCGUGUGAAAACUGUGCCUGAUUCUUAGUAGGAAAAUCCACAUUGUUUUUGGUGCUGUUGGGUAUUACUGUAUAUCAAAUGACAAAAAAAGGAAUGCUGAUUUCUAGCGUUUCUUUUCAACAGGACGGGAAGGCUGUGUGGCCUUCCAGGUCUAGAUGUGCAAUCGUAUUGACAUUCCAUAUUCCUCAUCCUUUUGUUUCAUUUGUACCAGUAAGCAUUAAUUAUUAUAUUAUUUUCUGUGUUUUUUUGAUCCAUAUUUUUGGUCUGAUGUGCUAUCACAAGUAGAGCCACUAGUCAAAGGUUGUAAAAUGUGAAUUAAGAAAAUCCAAGUUUUGCUUUCCCUCCCCCUUCCCCCUUUUUGAGUUUUCACUUUUCCAGAUGUACUAUGAAUGAUUAAAUACAAACCACAAAAUCAACUAAAAACAACUUUUGUACAUAUUCCUGUAAAUUUCUUUUAAAUACUUGAGCCUUUUUUUGGGAGGGGGGAGGGGAAGUUGGGGUGAUGGCGGGAGUGAGAAGGGGGGAUGAAAAGAUAGAUGAAGAAAAAGCCUUACAUUUUUUGUUUCUUCAUCUGUGUGUGUUUGAUGCUACAGGGUUGCUCUUGUAACAUUUAUAAAUAAGUGCUGCUUACAUCACUGAAAAAAGAUAUCGAGUAGCGGUGGCCCCUUAGUUUUUUUAGCUUUACUUUUUUAAAUAAAAGGGAAAAAUUCAUUCACGAAAAAAGGUUUUUACAUUUUCAUUACUGAAAAUUCAACAACGUAGUAGCUACUCAUGUUGCACUGAGCUUGUUGGAGGUGACUGUCAAGACCACCUAUAAUCCAGUUUGUUGGUUGUUGUCCUUUACAGAAGACUGAACUGUUUUAGGAGUAUUUAAUGAAAACCGGAGUUGAGUGUUUUCAAAAAAACCUGAAAAAAUACACAAAAAACAAAACGUGGUUGUCGAGUUUUUAUGACCUUACGGUGUAUUCUGAGUUGUUUUCCUUUUUCUACAGUAAAACUAUUGCUUACAGUCUGACCUUUUAUUUAUUGGCUUUGACCCUCUGGCCUUUCUUGCCAUGUAGAAAGGUCCAUACUGGCAUUUGCCAGGUUUUAUUUUUUUUGUUUUUUUGUUUUUUACUUUUCGAGUUUGUAUUUUUAAGGUUUAAUAAAAACUUACAGACA